AUGAAAAUGUUGGACGACGGAUUCAAAGGCACGUUCCUCAAUCACUUAUUGAAGCGCAUUGUCGAGAAAGGCAUUGUGAUGUUCUCAUCGGCACUCGGAGUGGUGAUCUCAGCGUGCGGAAACGAAGCUCGUCCACUGGCUGAGCUUUUCAAGGCGCUUGAUGUGGUUAUAACUCGCUUUAUGGCGGCCAUCAUGUGGCUGGGCCCAAUUGGCAUCCCAUCGAUGAUUGCCCAGAAAAUGCUGCAAGUGAAAGAUGUCGUUGGCACAUUCCGCAUGCUUGGUUUCUUCAUCGUUUCCGUCAUUCUCGGGCUGUCCAUUGUCUCUCUUGUCACACUGCCGCUUCUCUACGCGAUAAUAACGAGGAGGAACCCAUACAAGUUCAUAAAGGCGCUAACUAGAGCCUUGCUACAGGGCAUCGCCACAUCAUCGAGUGCCGCCAGUCUUCCGGUCACCUUCCAAUGUGUACGUGACUUGAACUUGGAUCCUCGAGUGGCUAAAUUUGUGUUGACCGUCGGCACAAUCCUGGCAACAAUUGGCACGGCACUGUUCCAAGCGGUUUCUCCAAUCUUCAUUGCUCAAAUGAAUGGCAUCACCCUCGACAUGGGACAAUAUAUUACCCUAUGUGUAACUGCCUGCUUGGCAUCGGCUGGUGCAGCAACUGUGCCUAGUUCCGCUUUGGUCACGAUGAUCAUCGUCCUGUCGGCGCUUGGACUGCCAAUUGAUGACCUUUCGCUCAUUUUUACCGUCGACUGGCUACUAGAUCGUUUCCGUACAUGCACCAACAUUGUAGCAGCCUCUCUCGGAUGUGGAAUUGUGGACCACUUGAGCAGAAACGAUCUAAGCAAUCUCGAUGCAGCUGCCGAGACCGCUUCGACAGCAUCAGUCAUGUGCGACAGUUGCGCAGCGAAGCUCGAUUCCAGAACCCCUAAAUCAAGUGACCAGUGCUCUUUCGUGCAGAUCCCAUAA